GCGGAAUUUUCCUGCGUUUUCUGCCCCUUUCUCUUCUUCCUCUUCAUUCCCCUGUCUCUCUCUCUCUCUCUUCAUUUUUAUAGGGUUCCUUACUUCACCUUAUAAUCUCCGUCUUCUCUACCCAAACAUUGUUCGCUCUCUCUCUCUCUGGAGUCUUGAUCACUGUAAAAAUGGCGGAUUUGGUAUCCUCAAUCGACAAUCCUCUGAUGAUUUCGUCCGCAUCGUCAUCCGGAGCUACCGUUGCUGACCGCGACGUUGAUUUCGAAGACGCAUGUAGUAUCUGUCUCGAGCCUUUCAACUCCCAAGAUCCUCCCACUGUCACCAACUGUAGACAUGAGUAUCAUCUUCAGUGUAUUCUUGAAUGGUCACAAAGAAGCAAAGAGUGCCCUAUAUGUUGGCAGCUUCUUGUCUUGAAGGACCCUUCCAGUCAAGAGCUUUUAGCUGCAGUGGAGAAUGAGAGGAAUUUGAGGUCAAGGCGCAAUGCUCGCCAUAUCCGUGAGGACUAUGAAAUGAAUAUUGAUAAUUCUUAUGGAGAUGAUUCUGAUUUCGAUGAGCGUAUUAUGAGGCAUUUCGCUGCCGCAGCACGCAGAGCUCGUUAUGUUGAGAGAAGGGGAAGGCCGAGAUCUUCUGGUAUUGGUCCUCCACUGGUUCUGCUCUCUGUUCCUACUGGAGAUCUACCUCCACCUGAUGUGCAGCAUAUGCGCACAACAUCACCAGAAGAACGCCAAACUUCCAGUUAUGAGUUUUCAGAGGGUGAUUCACCAACAUUCAGCACUCUAAGGUCUGUGGUUCCAGAGGUUGUGAAUGUGGAACCCAACUCUGUUGGCAAUGGAGAAUGUUGCAAUAAACCCAGCCCUGAAAGUCCACAAAGACCAAGCUCAUCAGAAUUUCUUGCUUUCUCGGAGUCUGUUAAAUUGAAAUUUUCUGCAGCUUCUGCCAGAUAUAAGGAAUCAAUCUCAAAAAGUACCCGAGGAUUUAAAGAGAAGCUACUUGCGCACAAUAUCUCAGUCAAAGAAUUGGGAAGAGGAGUUCAACGUGAGAUGAAUGCAGGUAUUGCUGGUGUUGCACGAAUGAUUGAGCGCCUUGAUCUUCCCUCAAAACGGACCGGAAUUUCUGUUCCUUUAUCCAGUUGCUCAACCUCAAACUUCUCGUAUAAAGGAAAAGACACUCAAGAGAGUGUAAUUACUCAGUCUCCUAAUGAAAAUGCUGGGGAAAGUGUGCAUGAUAUGAGUUCACCUGAAUCCCCUCGUGUUCACAGUACCUUCCCAAGUGAAUUGGAUAUUUCUCUCGUUCAGUCUGGAAGGUGAUGUUAAGAUGCGAACCAGUGCUCAACUACGGGUUCCACAUUUCAUUCUCCCCAUGAAGGCAUUUACUAUAUGCCGUAUGAUUAGGAAUCAGUCCAGGCGUUUAUGCAAGUGACGUAUGACAAGGAAUCAAGCCACCAUGAUUUAAAGGAUGAUAAUUGGUUUGUGUCCUGCAAUAAUUCUAUUUGCAAAACUUGAAACCUUUCAAGUGAUUUACUGUUCUUACAUAAAUAUGGUUAUAUGUAUUAUUGUUCCAGUUAAGUGCAUUGGAUUUUUAACUUUGCGGGCGUUAAUGUGCUUAUUAAUAUAAAGUUUAUCCUUUGUGCUUAUUAAUAAGCACAUAAAUAAUUCCUUUGUAAAAAUUAUUUACUAAUAGAUGUGGUGGAAGGAGAUGGAGGACUUUUCUGGAGAAUUC